UUAAUACAUACGAUGAUAAAUAAUAAUACAAGUAAAUUCAUAAAUAAAUUAAUAUAGUUGCCAGAGCAGAUAGAGAGAGACAGGACAGCAAUUCUCUCUUUCUCUCUCUUCGUUAAACUUGCAUUCCUUUUGUGGUUACUUGGUAAUUGUAGUUUCAUUUUCUAUCGUUUAUUUGUCUUUCUAUUCCUAACAAAUUUCUUUCUCUUUCUAAUUUUCUCUCCUUUUCUUCUUCUCUUUUCCUUUGACAAUUAAAAAAAAAAAAAAUACAGCGUGAUAGAGUGAGUGGUUAGGGUUUAGAAAGUUGGUAAAGUGGGGGUGGGUUGAAGGAGUAGCCGAGAAGUACGUUUAGGAAAUUGAAAUUGAAGGAUCUGCAAACGACAUGGCCACCACGGAGUUGCAGAUGAGCCCUCAGUUGGAGCAGAUCCAUGGUGAAAUUCGCGAUAAUUUCCGUGCCCUUGCAAAUGGCUUCCAGAGGCUGGAUAAGAUUAAAGAUUCCAAUAGGCAAAGCAAACAGCUGGAAGAGCUUACUGCCAAGAUGAGGGAAUGUAAAAGAUUAAUCAAGGAGUUUGAUCGUGAAAUUAAAGAUGAGGAAGGUAGAAAUCCUCCUGAACUGAAUAAGCAACUCAACGAUGAGAAGCAGUCUAUGAUCAAAGAACUGAAUUCCUACGUGGCAUUGAGGAAAACAUACAUGAAUACCCUUGGUAACAAGAAAAUUGAACUCUUUGAUAUGGGAGCUGGAGUCAGUGAACCUACGGCAGAUGAUAAUGUUAAAGUGGCAUCAUCUAUGUCAAAUCAAGAGCUCGUUGAUCAUGGGAUGAAGACAAUGGAUGAGACUGAUCAGGCCAUUGAACGCACAAAAAAGGUUGUUGAACAAACAAUUGACGUAGGAACUCAAACUGCUGUUACUCUAAAGGGCCAAACUGAACAAAUGGGCCGUAUUGUAAAUGAGCUCGAUACAAUUCAGUUCUCAAUUAAGAAAGCAUCCCAGCUGGUGAAGGAGAUUGGUAGGCAGGUGGCCACUGAUAAAUGCAUCAUGCUAUUUCUAUUUCUUAUCGUAUGUGGUGUUAUAGCGAUCAUAGUUGUGAAGAUUGUCAAUCCGAACAACAAAGAUAUAAGAGAUAUUCCGGGAUUGGCACCUCCAGCACCUUCAAGGAGAUUGUUAUAUCUAAGGGACCUGCAAUAAAAGAUGAUCAUUUCAAACAAGGGAGUGGAUUCCGUUUAUGCUUUGAGUGAGUUUUCAAAAUUUUUUUUUAAUCAUCGAUUCUUGACUGAGAUGUGCAUAUUCGGUUUGUGAUGUCUGUGUAAAUCAUGUGGGAGCAGUUAUUGAAUUAUUUUGAAUGAGAUGCCAUGUUUCUUUGGAUGAAAACUUUGAAGAUUGUUGUAGUGUUAGAAAUAACAAACUCAAGUCUGAAGUGAUUACAUAUAUGUAGAUGUCCUUUGAGGAGAUGUAUUCUAUUUUUAAAAGUAUACAUUUAUGAAUU